AUGGAAGAAAAUACAGGUUCAUUCGCUUUCCAGCCAUCUGAGGAAACAAACAGGCCAAAUGAGUUCGGAUUCCAUCCCGCGGCCUUCGGGUACCUAGGAAACCGGGGCAUGACAUCAUCCGGCGGAAAGGAGACAGCAGCUCCUACGGCCUCUGUGAUGCUCCGGCUGAAAGCCCGUCUUCGACCCGGCAGCAGCUGUGCCGCGGUGCGGGGAGGACGGGACAACGGGGGCUGGGGCCGGGUGGCGGCGGAGCGGGCCGCGCACCGCAACGUGCUGCUGCUGGACGCCGGGGACCAGUACCAGGGCACGGUGUGGUUCUCCCGCUUCAAGGGCCGGGAGGUGGCCCACUUCAUGAACCUCCUGCGCUACGAUGCCAUGGCUUUGGGGAACCAUGAGUUUGAUGAAGGUGUGAGCGGAUUAUUGGAUCCUCUUCUUAAAAAUGCUAAUUUUACAAUCCUGAGUGCAAACAUUAAGGGGAAAACCCCAUUAGCAAAGGAAAUGAUGAAAUAUGUUAAUCCUUUUAAAAUAGUACAUUUUGACUCAGAAUCAGUAGGAAUUGUUGGCUACACUACAACGGAAACUUCUUUUCUUUCACAGCCAGGUGAUGAUGUAAUCUUUGAAGAUGAAAUUGAAGCAUUGCAAAUACAAGUGAAUAAACUUACUGCUAUGGGAGUGAACAAAAUAAUUGCUCUAGGACAUUCUGGUUUUACUGUGGACAAAACUAUUGCCCAAAAAGUGAAAGGAGUGGAUGUUGUAAUUGGAGGACACACAAACACAUUUCUCUAUACAGGUACCCCACCCUCUACUGAACAGCCAGAGGGCCCGUAUCCGUUCAUGGUUCACUCAGAUGAUGGGAGGAAGGUGCCAGUUGUACAAGCUUAUGCUUAUGGAAAAUAUCUUGGUUACUUAAAUGUUACAUUUGACAAGAAAGGAAAUGUUGUUGAAGCAGUUGGAAACCCCAUUCUGCUGGACAGCAGUGUUCCUGAAGAUGAGCACAUUAAAGAAGAAGUGGAAAAAUGGAGGAAAAACCUGGGGAGUUAUUCUAAAGAGAUUGGAAAAACUAGUGUUUACCUGAACGGUACAAGCCAAGCGUGCCGUUUCCAAGAAUGUAACAUGGGAAAUUUGCUUUGUGAUGCUGUGCUUUACGAGAAUGUCGCACAUCCGGAUAGAAAGUCCUGGAACCAUGUUUCAAUGUGCAUCCUGAAUGGAGGUGGGAUACGGUCACCCAUUGAUGAACAGAGCACUAACGGUAGCAUUACUGUGGAAGAUUUGCUGACUGUUUUGCCAUUUGGAGGUCGUUUUGAUUUGGUAAGGGUAAAAGGCUCCACUCUGAAAGAAGCUUUUGAGCACAGUGUGCACAGAUACGGAAGAGGAAGCGGAGAGCUGCUGCAGGUUGGAGGCAUCCAUGUGGUCUAUGAUCUCUCCAGAGACCCAGGAAGCAGAGUUAUUAGCCUAGAAGUGCUUUGCACAGCCUGCCGAGUCCCAGCCUACUUCCCGCUCCAGAUGGAUGAAAUAUACAAUGUGACUCUUCCAUCCUAUAUGUUAUUUGGAGGAGAUGGCUAUCAUAUGCUGAAAGACAAAAAUCUGGGAUACAGUAAAGGUGAACCUGAUAUUGAGGUUGUUUCCCGUUACCUCCAGAGAAUGAAGAGAGUUUACCCAGCAGUUGAAGGUCGAAUAAAAUUUUCUUCUGGAAGUCUUAUUGAAGGAAGUCUUACCCUGAUUUCUGUGUUGUUCACUGCAGCAUUCUUGCACGCCUGA